AUGCCAGAGUUUGCAAGAAUACAAGAAAAUGCAAAGAAAUAUAUGCAAGAAAUUGCAAUGAGCGCUGUACUUAACUUCUAUCUUCAGAAACAUGAAGAGAAUGGUGGACGUCUUGCACACCGGACAUACAAAACAGAAAUUUCAACUAGGGACAAGAAUCCAAGUCACGGGCAACCUUCCUAUGCGAAAAAACAAAAAAUUGUAACAUACCAACUUUUUGAUCCUACUCCAAGUGAGGCUACUGAGUGGUUUAUAGAGGAAUUGAUGAAGAUACUUCAAGAAAAUAAUAUAGUUAUAAAAAAAGUCUCGAGCAUUCCAAACUCCGACGACAAUCUCAUUUUGGUAUGCAACAGAUCAUCACGUCUUGUGACUGAUGUCGAGAGAUCUUUAAGAGCAGUUGCCAGGACGGACUACAAUAGAAUACUUUUAGUUGCCUUACAUGUAAAGGAAGAGUAUGCAUUGCCCGAAGAGUCAACAAAGCAACAUCUACUGUAUGAAGAUGAAAAGUAUCGUGACCUUUUGGGCAUUGUUGACAUAGCGUUUACAACAGAGAAUGGAAUAUAUAGCUGCAGAAUGAAUGAUACAGCCAAACAGGCCAUAAUGAACUUGUAGAAUUUCAAACUGUAACAUUUUUCUUUUUUCUUUUUUUUUUCAAGCCGAAGCAGUUUAUUCUUUCGGAUUUCUUUAACACAUCAAAGAUAACAAAACUUAUUAUAAUCACUUUGUUGUAUAAAUUAAUUACGUAUAUUUUUGCUAUGAUACAGGCAAUUUUCAAACGUUACUUGUAAAUACUUACUAUUUCAUUUGAACGUAACUUGUCAUUUAGAACUCGUAGAGAAAGUAACAAAUGAACCGGAUAUGUUUAUUUGCACCCAUCAGUCAUGCAUGCCCCUUUCCAGAAAGCAGAGCAACAAGAGAAGAGCCCUAAUGAUAAAUAUGAAAGCAGAUCAUUACCGUUGUUUUUCAAGAACGACCUACCAUGUACUCUUCGCUAGCGGUUAACUGCAAUAAACAUACUGAAAAGUCGGGUCAUAGCCUUUUUUGAUAAUUUUUUUUCUAUAAUUUUAUAAUAUACAGCUGGAAAAUUUUCAUGACUCAAAAUCUCCAACGUUUGUAAACAAAAUCUUCAUAACGGUAAUGUUUUGAAAGUUUUCUUUAAAUUACUAUUUUUAAAAGUACAAAACCAAAUCUGAAUCACCAUAAAAACACGAGAUUUCAAUAGUUAACACAAAAAAAACUCCAUAUAUCUGUAGAGCACAUCGUGAACUGUUCAUAAAGCAUAUUACUUGCAACAUUGAAGUAAAUCCAGCCUUAGCCUUGUCAGACUUGUAAAAAAUGUGUGUUGCCAUUUUAACAGUUUUCAUUAUACCUGUUGAAACAUAAACAUUCUAUAUGUCUGUUCAUAGAUAUAAUCUUUUGUUGCCCCUGUGAACAUCCCGAUUCUUUGCAAGGAGAAAUUGGUAUGUUUGCGAUUUAUGAUACUUGCUUUAAAGUGUGGUAAAUCUGGGUUUUUAGCUAAGAGAUAUUCUGCUAUUGCAUUUGACAAGUUUACUGUUUUGCAAUGUUUUGGUGACAGUUAUUUUAUUAGUUUUUCAGUUGAUAAAGUUAUCGGCAAAACAGAUUGCAUAUUUACCUCGUAUCGGAGCAAAGUUACAGUAAAACAUGUACAUAGUUUAUAAUGCGAAUUCAAUAUUUUUAUGAUUAUUUCUAUCUUUAAUGUGUAGUAAAGAUGUGUCUGAACAUUUAUGCAAAGAUUGAGGACAUGACAUUUUACCUUUAGAGAAAUCCUGAAAAAAAUGUGCCUUUGUUUACAUUUUUGCUGGUCGACUGUUUAUGAAUAGAGCUAGCCAAUGGAAUUGAUUUACUAAAACAUUCAGGAUUCAAAUUCUACUGUAUUGUCUGUGGUGUAAGUUUUUAUUCAUAUUGAAUUAUACAGAUUUGUAAAAUCCCUUUCUUUUGUAGUCUUUGAAAGGCCCUUAGAUAGGAAACAGGUAAACAGGUAAACAUUAAUGACCACAUUUUAAACAUUUAACUAAAUUUUCUCCAGAAAAAAACUCUGUAUGCGCAAUAGGGACUGUAUUUUUGACUGGAUAUUCGUGAACUUUAAUCAGAGUGAUCUUCGUAAUGAAAUCUAGGUCAAAUUCAGAUAUGGAUCAUCUGGUGUCAAAAACUAGGUCACUUGGUCAAAUCAAAGAAAAACCUUGUGUAUGCAAUAGGGGCUGAAUUUUUCAUUUGAUGUGCAUGAAACUUGGUCGAAAUGUUUUUCUCCAUGAAAUCUCGGAUGAGUGUUUACCUGUUUUACAUGGGGUCAAAAACUAAGUGACCAGGUCAAAUCAAAGAUAAAGCUUGUUCAGUCUUCAUUAAAUUUGUUCAGAAUAUUUGUUUUCAUGGCCACUUUUUUGCUCCAAUUUCCAUGAAACUUUGUCAAAAUGUUUGUUCAUAUGAAGUUUUAGAGAAGAUCUAAUCAAGGUUGUAUGGGUUAAAAACUAGGUCAUUAGGUCAUAAUCUCCAAUGUCCAUAAAUGUGCCAUUACCAAGUUAUACAAUAGAGUAAAAUUCUACAAAAGAACUACCAAAGUCCCCGGCCUAGGGACAUUUUUCACAAAACAUAUAAUUGCAUACCAUUACAACAUCUUUCAAGUAAUAGGACAACAUACUAACAAUGUAAUAACUGUAAGUUAUAACUAUAUAUCAUAUAAUUCAUGAAGACAUUAUGAAGUUUGAAAAUGUCUGGAAAUCUAUAAUUGGUAAAUGCUUUCAAAUGCUAAUAUCUAUAUUUUAAAAAUUUGUUGUGAUUUUAUUUCUAAACUGGUAAAAAAAAACAAGAGCUGUACGUUAGACAGUGCGCUCAGUUAUUCGGCGAUUUGACAGUAAAAUAAAUUUAUGUCUCAAUAAGAGACUUGCAUACAGAAAAUAUGUCUAUAAACGAUGCUUUCAAAAAAAAUUAACAUGAAAAUAAUUUCAAGUAUAACAACUUGAUGACCUUGACCUUGAGUAUAAUGGGCCCAGCCCCUGCACAUACUUUGUUUGUAUCACCUCACCUCACCUAUCCUCUUCACACCCAUUGGUGUAUAAGGCCUUAAUGCGCCGUUUCCAUUGAGUCCGGUCUUUUGCAACUGUUCUAGCUGUUGCCCAACUGUUCCAUCCGAGCCGUUUUCGUUCUUGUUCGGUUGUCCUUCUCCAUGUUGUCUUUGGUCUGCCCACUUUUCUUUUCCCCUCUGGCUGCCAUGUUAGUGCUGUGUUGCAGAUGGUGUUUUCUUGUCUUAAGA